GGAAAAUAAAUAGAAAUUUUCUGUUACAUAACAAAUCAAGAAAUAUGAUUGGUUAAUAAAUCGGCGCGCUCUGUUAUGGUUGGAUCCAUGUCAUCCCAUCUCCUUCACCACCUUCUUCACCUUAUCUCUCCCCUCUUAAAUUAUUCUGUUUCUUUAAAGCUACAAAUCUCACGACCUCUAGCCUAACCAUAUUCACAAGUAGAGAGAGAGAGAAAAUAAAGCGAAAAAGAUCCAAAUAGCUUUAUUUCUUUCUCUCUUUCAUUUCUGCAAAAAUAUUAGGAAGAUUAAAGAACUCUCUCUGUAUUCAUCUUCUUCGAUAAAAACAAGCCCGUGUGUGGGGUCUGUUUUUUUCUUCAUUCCUAGCCUUGCGAUUCCGAUAAAACCAUCGGAUUCAAUCCCAAUCCAAAUCCACUUGUUAUUUCACCUUAAUAUAUAGAUUGCUAGAGAGAGAAAGAGUUACCUACCUUUUACCAUCUCUAUAUCUCUUUCUCUCUCUAUAUCAGCUUUGUCUCCUCCUGUUCUCAUGGAAGCCUCAUCCAAUGAUCGCCUUCAUUUCGGCGUAAUGGGUUUCGGGUGCGACCAUUACAAGAGGAGAUGCCAAAUCAGAGCUCCUUGUUGCAACGAAGUCUUCCCUUGUCGCCAUUGUCACAACGAGAGCACUAGCACAUUGCGCAAUAUCUAUGACCGUCACGAUCUUGUUCGUCAAGAUGUUAAACAAGUGAUUUGCUCUGUUUGCGAUACAGAGCAGCCGGUAGCUCAAGUUUGCACCAAUUGUGGUGUCAACAUGGGUGAAUACUUCUGCGAUAUUUGCAAGUUCUAUGAUGAUAAUACUGAAAAAGAACAGUUCCAUUGUGAUGACUGUGGAAUUUGUAGAGUUGGUGGGCGUGAGAACUUCUUCCAUUGCAAGAAGUGUGGAUCUUGUUAUGCGAUUGGCCUACGCAACAACCAUCGCUGCGUUGAGGAUUCAAUGCGACAUCACUGUCCCAUUUGUUACGAGUAUCUCUUUGACUCCCUUAAAGAAACAACAGUGAUGAAAUGUGGACACACUAUGCACUGUGAAUGCUAUCAUGAGAUGCUCAAGCGUGACAAAUUUUGUUGUCCAAUUUGCUCAAGGUCAGUGAUUGAUAUGUCAAAAACAUGGCAGAGAAUGGAUGAAGAGAUCGAAGCCACUUCUAUGCCUUCAGAUUACCGUGACAAGAAGGUUUGGAUACUGUGCAACGACUGUAACGACACAACAGAAGUGAACUUCCAUAUAAUAGGGCAGAAAUGUGGACAUUGUAGAUCUUACAACACCAGAGCCGUCGCACCUCCUGCUCUUCCUCAAUGAUAAAAACAAACAAACAUCUUUCACUUAUUGCCACCAGAACGCAAACAAGAACUUCUUGUUGCACUGUGAUAUGAUUACAUAUCACCAAAGCAAAACUCACAUUUGUCUUCUUCAUGAUUCGAUUUGUUGUUGUUUUUAUUACCAUUUAUGAAGCCAGGAUAAUGUAUAAUACAUACUCUAUAUAUUCUUGAUCCAGGAAAAUUACCUGUGAUAAUAUAUGUUUCAAAAUAGUUGUUUGUUCCAAGAAUCUCUCAAAUUCACAGUUUUUCAAUAUCAUUGUAAUCUCAUCAGUUACAACACUUGACACAACUCAAACUCAUUACCACUAGAAAAACUGUUCACCAAGCUCUUGACCAGCCAUCCCUUCCCUAACAACUUUCUCAAAAAAAUCCUCAAGCGUAUCCUUCCCAUAACUCGGAGUCAUCUCCUCACUAUACUCCCCAGUCUCCGGAUCAAGAAUCAACAUACUCUCCGCAGCAUAAUACCUCCCAAUCUUCCCAAACUCAGCAGCUUCCUUAACACCAGGCACCACCUUAGCAACACCAUCAAGCACCCCAAUCACAAAGUCCAUAACCUCAAAAGGCACCUUCAAAAACUUAGGCUCUCUCCCAAGCACCCUAAACAAAAUCUCCCCUUGCUCCAACGGCGUCAACGCCUUCCCUGGCCCACCAAUAGGUAAAACCUGAUUCAUCUUGUCCUCUUCCAAGACACAGUCCGCUAUAAACGAAGCUAAAUCCUCCUCACUUAUCGGUUUACAAGCGCAAAGCUUACCGUCUCCGAACAUAACAUAAGGCUUCCCUUCUUUGACAAUCUCCACUUGUCCACCUAAGCUUUUAAAAAAAGCCGUUGGUCUAACGAUACUGUACGUAAAAGUUGAGUCUUUUUGGUUCAUAAGCUCUGCUUCGAACUUGAGUUUCGCGCGCUGAAACUCCAAAAGAGGCUUUUGGACACAGAUUGCUGAGAGGAGAACGAAGUGUUUGGCUCCGAAGUUUUGACCAGCGACGAGACUGUUCUUUGUCGCUUCGUAAUCGAUUUUCCACGAGUCUUUUAUCCCUCCGUUACGGCUAGCGAGACAGGAGACAACGACAUCGAUACUUAGGUUUAGGUUCUGUAAAGAUUCUUGGAGAGAGGUUAUAUCAGUAACGUCUGAGAAACAUACGUUGGCGCCUUUUAACUGUUUUAAAGUCUCUUCUUUGUUGUUUUUGCCUCUGACGCCACUCUUCUCUCUUGCGACAGCGAUCACGUUGAAGCCUCGAGAGACGAGCUCUUUGACUACGAAUCUGCCUAUGUACCCCGUGGAGCCGACGACUAGGAUGUUUAUUUCGUUAGCGGGUUUGUUCCUGAAGGUGGGAGAGGAUGAUGUGUUGAUCUCUGAGGUUUCGAGAGAUGAGAUUGGUUUGAGUUUUGGUCUUGUGAGGGUGAGAUUCGUUGAGGGUUUUUGGGUUUGGAGAGGGAAGGAGUUUGGUUGGUGAGAUCUUGAAAGGAGUUUGGAAUCUUUGAGGAAGGUUUUGGGUUUUGGUGUGUAGGAAGCGAAGACGUUGAAGGGAGAGGAAGAAAGUGACAUCCUUUAUGUAUAAUGCUGCUUUGGUGAGAAAGUGGGAGGAAGUGUAGGAAGGUUAUUUCAGAGAGACGAUGUGAGAGCCAUUGAUUUGUAUUUCUC